CCUUCGAAUUUCUUUCCGACGCGAUUUACGAAUAAACUGUUUUCGAACGCACUCGAUCCAAGAUAUUAACCUAACCUGUGUCUCUCAGCCAUUUUAUUCUGCUUAGAUUUGCUGUGUCCUCGCAGAGACCUGUCGCGAACGGUGUGAACAAUGGCAGGUAGAUUGUUUGCAAGUAGAUUGCGGCCUAUCAUUCAAAUCCAGAGAUGCAGAAUAAUGACGAUGGACAGAAUUGGUAACAGGGAUGUGGUUGGCUUUGGACACAAUGGUGAACCCUCCUACUUGGACAGAGUGGACUUUCCCUGUCCUGCAUUACGCUGGAAGGAAAAUACCUCCGAUAUUAUGGCACUGAGAGAGAAGGAGAAAGGAGAUUGGAAGAAGCUGUCAAUUGAAGAAAAAACUUUAUAUCGCGCCAGUUUUCGCCAGACAUUCAGUGAAAUGGAAGCUCCAACAGGAGAGUGGAAAGGCAUCAUUGGGAUGAGUUUGCUGGUUAUCAGUUCUGGCUUAUGGCUAUAUCUGUACUUCAAAGUAUUCGCUUAUCCACCUUUGCCUGAAACAUUCUCACUAGAAAGACGAUUGGCACAAUUAGACCGCAUGAAGAAACUUGACAUGAAUCCGAUCGAUGGACUUUGUGCACGAAAGUAAAUUAAAUUUACUCUACUAAUUACUUAGUCAUCAUGUACAAUAUCUUUUCCUUUAAGCGCUUAUAUAUAUGUACAAGUGGCGAAAUUUUAAUAAAUGCCAUGUGGUUACAUUAGAGCGCUAUCAAUA